UCAUCACUCACUUUGAUAGGAUAAAACUUUUCUCCAAGUGCUUCAACUUUUCUUUUUCUUUUCCUCUUUCUUCUUUACUUGAGCAGCCACAUUCUGUUCUUGGUACCCUGCAAAUGGCAAAAACACUUCAUCCUUCAAUGCUUCUCAUUCUGGUAACAAUUACACUCUCAAUUCUCGAUUCGGAGCAACAAAGAAUUCAAUCAACGCAAUCUAAGGCGCUUCUAACAAUCCAACGGCUAUUAAACUUCCCUGCUGUUUUAAGCAGCUGGAAUAGCAGCACAGACUUCUGCAGCUCAGAUUCAAAAACUUCUCUAACUGUUGUGUGCUAUGAAGGCACCAUAACUCAGCUUAACAUCGUAGGCGAAGCGAAAGCUUCGCCUCUUCCGAAAACUUUCUCAGUUGAUUCCUUUGUCAAAGCACUGGUAAAGUUUCCUACAUUGAAAGUACUCACACUGGUUUCUCUUGGCAUUUGGGGUCCCUUGCCUGCUAAGAUAGCUCGUUUGUCGUCGCUCGAGAUACUUAAUCUGAGUUCAAAUUUUCUCAGUGGCGCCAUCCCUCCUGAGCUUGCGUCGCUUUCUCAUCUACAAACACUAAUUCUUGAUGACAACAUGUUUGCCAGCCGUCUUCCAGACUGGCUGGAUUCCUUCCCGGCCUUAACCGUGCUGAGUUUAAAGACUAAUUCAUUCAACGGUUCGCUUCCUGAUUCGCUCGGUCAGUUAGAGAAUCUGCGCGUUCUUUCGCUUUCUCAUAACAGGUUUUAUGGAGCAGUACCUGAUUUAAGGCGGUUGGUGAAUCUAGAAGUGCUGGAAUUGGAUGAGAAUGCUUUUGGACCUGACUUUCCGAAACUUGGAAACAAGUUGGUUACUUUAGUGCUAAGAAACAACAAGUUUAGAUCUAAUAUCCCUGAUGAAUUAAGCUCAUACUAUCAGCUCGAACGAUUCGAUGUCUCUUCGAAUUCUUUCGUUGGGCCUUUCCAGCUGCAACUGUUAUCACUUGCAUCUAUUACUUAUCUAAACAUUUCUGGAAACAGAUUAACAGGAAUGCUUUAUGAUAAUGUUUCUUGCAACUCUCAACUCCAAGCAGUGGAUUUAUCCUCAAAUCUUUUGGCUGGAAGCUUACCAAAAUGUUUGGAGUCGAAUUCGAAUGGAAGGAGUGUCCGGUAUGCUGGGAAUUGUCUCGAGGAGACAGAUCAAGAUCAACACGAAUCGUCGUUUUGCCACACUGAAGCCAUAGCAGUGGGAAUAUUGUUACCUGAAAGGAAGAGGCACAGAAGAGUGUCUAAGGCAGUUCUUUCAAGUGUGAUAAUUGGUGGAAUUUUUGGACUUGUAGCUGUUUUUUCAUUGAUUUUGUUUAUUGUUAGAAGAGGAAAUUCCAAAAGCAAAGUGAAGAAGAAUCCUCCAACGAAAUUGAUAUCAGAAAAUGCAGCUUCUGGAUACACCACUAAGCUACAAUCUGAUGCAAGGUAUGUAUCUCAAACAAUGAAGUUUGGAUCUGUUGGUCUGCCACCUUAUCGAGCUUACUCACUGGAAGAGAUUGAGGUAGCUACAAACAAUUUUGACUCAGCUCGUUUCAUGGGUGAAGGUUCUCAAGGACAGAUGUACAGAGGUCAACUUAGGGAUGGUUCACUUGUUGCCAUAAGAUGUGUGAAAAUGAGAAAAUGCUUCAGCACUCAAGACUUUAUGCACUACAUAGAGCUGAUAUCAAAGUAUAGGCAUCUCCACUUAGUCAGUGCCCUUGGACACUGCUUUGAAUGCUAUUUAGAUGAUUCAAGUGUCAGCAGAAUAUUCCUUGUCUUUGAAUAUGUACCCAAUGGCACACUCAAGAGCUGGAUCUCAGAUGGACAUUAUAGAAAAUCACUGAGCUGGACACAACGGAUAGCAGCUUCAAUUGGAGUAGCAAAGGGAAUUGAAUUUUUGCAUACAGGGCUUGUCCCUGCCGUAUUCUCAAACAAUAUCAAGAUAACUGAUGUUUUAUUGGAUCAGAAUUUUGUUGCAAAAAUCAGCAGUUACAACCUACCUUUGUUAUCUAAUAUUGUAAAGAGUGGAAGUGGAAAUCUUUCCAUUGGAUUCAGAAGUCCAAGCUUUAAACAAAGUUUAAGACAUGAAGAUAAGUCAGAUAUUUAUGACUUUGGAGUAAUACUACUGGAACUCAUUCUUGGAAGGACAAUAAAACCAAGGAAUGUAGACACCUUAAAGGACCUGUUGCAAGCAAGCAUAACAUCAAACGAUGAAGCUCGAAUGAGCAUCAUAGAUCCGGCGAUUCGCAAGGCGUGCUUGGAUCAAUCACUGAAGACAAUGAUGGAAGUGUGUGUGAGGUGCCUGGCUAAAGAUCCAUCAGAGAGACCCUCAAUAGAGGAUGUUCUAUGGAACUUGCAGUUUGCUGCUCAAGUCCAAGAUGCAUGGAGAGUUGACUCUCAAAGUCAAAGCAGUGAUGGCUCUUCCAUAUCACCUUUGGCGUCGCCACCAAUGAACUUCCAUUAGCAGCGUCGCUGCUUAGUUUAGGAUUUAGGAUUUAAGGUUUAAGACUGUAUGUACCGAAGUUUUUUAAUUUAUUUUUCUUCUUUGAUA